CCUUCACUGGUUCAUGUUGAUGAAAAUACUCCAAUAACUAAAUCGGACAGCACUCACCGCGCUACCACGAACAAGAUUCAAUCGUCCUCCACUGAGAGUACUGACUCAGCGCUCGUGAGUUUCUUUUCUCAGCUUCCCUCAGUCGAUGACCCUUCUCACACGAUACCCGCUCAGCAACAGUUGGUACGUCGAUGCUCCUGGCAAGCACGUUCUGCGGUCACAAAGCGCACAAAUCUGUUUCGUAGAGCAAACACACAGUUAUUGGUUGAUGAGAAAACGUCGCCAACUCAUUCAUCACCACCAUGGAGUCCACCCCGCAUUGCCGGACUUACCCGAAUACCUUUGCCUGGCCUGGUUCCCAGUCCUCCACUCGGUCCUCGUUUUCCCGGGGCCCAACCGGUCCCAGGGUUGUUUCUUCCGAAUGACUCAUUGGCCAGUGCGCUACUAGCUCAACGUCGAAAAGUGGGCUACACAGAGGAAGAGUUGUUCACAGCAAUCGGGACAGGCGAACAGGAGUUAACUGAUACGUCCGUUCAAACUGUUGAGGACUCUGUGAAUGAAACUGCCGUCUUGAAUCCGCCAGGAUCUGAAACACUAACAUCACCGUAA